AGCGAAGAAGAAAGUGCUUGUUAUUGAAAUGCAGCCAGAGCAGUGACAGGCUGAACGUAAGGAAGUACCACGGUAGGCGGCUAGAAAUCAUAAGAUUUAUCUAUCAAAACAUGGUGUAUUCGUGACACACCGCCUUUAAAAAGUAGCUAAACGUCCGCUAGUAUAGGAAACUGUUGGGCAAAUGUCAAUGAGCUACUGCUUGAGCUAACUAAGCUAGCUAACGUGAGCUGACUACAAAGGGAUGGUGGUUAGCUAGCUGCUGCUACACUGUAUUUGCACACCGCAGUCAUGAGUGAAGAUGACACUUCAGCUUCAGCAAACAAAGACAAAGACUCCACUCUCCUGCUCACUAAAGACGGACAGAGGUACUACGUGAGUAAGAGCGGAGUUGUCGACAGCAGAAACGUGAUAACGCCGCACGAACCGGAGAACAACGCCUCCUCCUACGACGUGGAUGAUCCGGACGAGGAGAGCGACGUUCUGGACACGUCGGAUCCCAGAGACGGCGCCGCCAGCCCGGAGGAACUCAACGACGAGGAGACCUCGGAGGGCGACAACGCUCCUAAACAGUGCACCUAUGAGGGAUGCACGGAGACCACAACGCAGGUGGCCAAGCAGAGGAAACCGUGGAUGUGCAAGAAACACCGCAACAAGAUGUACAAAGACAAGUACAAGAAGAAGAAGAGUGAUCAGGCAAUGUCCAGUGGGAAACUUGAUGAAAACUCAGAGGAGCGGCCUGUGUCUGUGAACAAACAGCGUCUGGGUGCCAUGGGGGACCGGCCAGCCAGACCCUCCCUGAUAGAGCAGGUCCUCAACCAGAAAAGAUUGUCACUGCUCAGAAGUCCAGAGGUGAUCAGCUUCCUGCAGCAGCAGCAGCAGCUCCUGGCCACACAGAGCCGCAGCCAGUCACAGCAGCAGUUUCAGGGCUGUUGAUGCCGGUCGGGCCGUGUUUUACCUUAGUAUUUAUGAUGUAUAGAGAGCACUGAAGAAUCACUGGCACAUCCUGCGUAAAAGGAUUGUAACCGUACACUGUAAACACGAAUGCUCUCAGCCAGACAGAGGAAGGAUUAACAUGGAAACCAAGGGACGUUUUAAAGGCAUGGUAAACAUGAGGGCUUGAAUUUCUUAGCUGCAAAAUGACCAUGUAAUCAAACCAUGUGUGGUGCUAUUUAUUAUCAUAUUUACUCAUUGUGAAUUUACUUUUCAGUCUCCAGUCUUUCUUUUAGUUAUAUUUCUUCACGUGGCAAUAAUAAUAAUGAUAAUAAUAAAGGCUUUGGAUUAUACAUGUCCCAUCUAAAUUGUUCAGAUGUUGGCGCCUCAGUUCUCCAACAAAAUAAUCCUGUGGGCUCAAUGUGAUCCUUGUUUUCCACUGCUGAAAAAAAUAACAGUUUCUUUGUGUGUUUGAUUUCUUUCCUAUCUGUUUUCUCUCGAACAUUAAGUGUUGUUACAUGUGACAAUCAGUUGUGUAAUGCAUGUCUGGAGCCGCUUUUCAGUCACAUGGGGCUGUAAGGACUCAUUUUUAUCACACGAUUUUAUAUACCUGCUUAUCUGAAGCCAGCCAAACAGUAAAUUCCAACUGCAUACGAAAAGUAAGACAAAUUAAGUUUAGUGGGAUGAAUAUUGGUCAUGCAAGCUGUGUUGAACUGUAAUCUACUGUAUGUUGUUCCUGUGUUUUUAAGUUGAAGUGUAUCGGUGAAUAUGAGAGUAAAAUUACGCUGCAAAUAUUGAGAGAA